CCUCGCGGAUCCAGUUUAUGAAAAGGAAAUGGAAAUUGUUCAAAUUUGGGGCUGCACGCGGUGGUUUCCUGCCCAAAAUGUGUGCUUGUCUGCAUUCCACCAGUGAGGAGGAACAUGCUCACAUCACACAAGGACAAAUCCGCGUUUCUCGCUGGCUGCUCGUCUUCUUCCUCGUGCAACCAAAAAAAAAAAAAAAAAAGAAAGAAAGAAAGAAAAAAAAAAGGGCUUUACCCCCCCACCCAAAAAAAAACAUAUAACACCGAGCUAAUUUACAAUUUGGAUGGCGCGUUCAGGGACCGGAGGGUUAAAUAACUCAACCGUAGCCACCAGCUUUACGCAUGACUUCCCCGCGCGUGCCGCCUUUGUACCAGUGUCCUGGUCACAUCGCUUGACGCACGGAAUACCAAAAUCAAAGCCAGCAUGGACACAGCUCGGAUCAAUUCGUAUUUCAGUAUUUUUUCAGUAUUUUUUAUUUUUUUUAAAUCUUUUUUUUUAAGAUAAAGACGUUUUACGCAUAAAAUGGCGAGUCCGUGCGUUCUGGUCGGGUUGGACGGAAUGAAGAGGUGCUUAACCUCCCUCCUGCCAGUUCUGCAUGGUCAUGACCUGUCAUCACGCCCCUUCCACAGCCCACCUCGUCCUAUUGGUCCUGCUCAUUGUCACUCCGCAGCUGGCUGGCACCGCCCCUGCGUGGGGUGAGGGAGGGGAGGGAGGGGUGGAGGGGCGCACCCGGACAGACCGAAAAGAGGACAAUCUCGCCCCCUUCCUCUUGCCCCCUCCCCAGAGCCUCUCCAGCCCUGACAACACGUCACUAGACCGGGGCCGGGGCCCGGGUCAAGAUAACCAAUCAGAUAAAUUGACGGACCCUGCGCAGGUGCUCGCCGUUCUUUUGGAGGCCCUGGACCACCCGGGGGAGAGUGAAAUCCAGGCGAGCAGGAACAGAGACUGGGGAGAGGAUCAGAGUCAGGAGCUGCCCUCCACUGAAGGCUUGGAGGGUGGUGAGAUAAGGAGAGCAGGGGAGACAGAGGCAGAGAGGGUGGAGGAGGAGGAGGAGGAGGAGGGGCGAGGGGCUGAUAAGGCUAUUGAACAGCUAAUUGUAGGCCAUUUGACAGCUGCUCAGGGUGAUGACUUAAAAGAAAGGGAUGAGGAGGAUGAAAACACAAGGUCAGAGAAGGAUCGAGGGUGGUCUGUGGAGGAUGUGGGACCUGAUAGCGUGAGUGAGGAGGAAGAGAAGGAAGAGGACAAGGAGCAGAGGGAGGGCGAAGGACAUGAUUUAGAAAGUUUCUUAAACAAGGCCAGAUCAGGUUCCACCUCACAGGGAGAUGAUCCCUCUCUGCAGCGCAAAAUAAGGGGCUACUUCCAAAACAUUGACUUGGGUCUCCAAGAUAACGAGAUCCUGCCUCCUCUGAAGGGCUACAAGGCGUACAAUACUCAGCUGGCGCGUGCCGGGAAGAAGCUGCACUGGCAGGAGAACCGGUCGGGCAACCAAGCCGUCAAGGGGGGCAACUUCAUGGAUGACUUCGAGGAUGAAGGAGAGGAGCUGGAGGAGGAGGUCGAAGAAGAAGAAGAGAGCCUCUCCCACAUGGAAGAGGAGGCCAGAGCACGCGCGGAGAAGCAGGAGGUGCUCCGGCAGCAGGAGGAGGCGGAGCGAGCCAGAGAGGAGGAGCAGAGGCUGGCAGACAUCGCCUCUGACAUGCUGCUGCAGUACAUGGGGAGGAAGCAGCAGUCCUACAUGAAGCCGCGGCAGAAAAGCAGCAUGGGCGCCGCCGGCAACACCGCCGAGGACAAGCGCUCGGAGGAGGUCGUCCCAGACGAAGACGACCUGGACCAGCAGAUGAUCGACAGGCUGAUCGAGAUCAGCAGCAAGCUGCACCUGCCCGCUGACGAUGUGAUUGAGAUUAUCAGUGACGUGGAGGAGAAGAAGAAGAAAAGGAAAGAGUUGCAGCUGCAGCCAAGCAACAGCAACCCUGUCGCCCCGCGCUUCAGGCCUCUGGUACCCCCUCCUCUGGCUGCUCCGCCGAUCUACCACUACACAGCCUCAAAAAACCCCAAGAAAAACCCUUAUAAGUACAACAAGUCCAACAAGAAAUGGCACAAGGACAAAGUCAAGUCAUACAAGCAGGACUAUUGGUAUAAGCCUCAGAAGCAGCUUGACUACUGGUAUAAACCCCAGAAACAGUUUUUAGCCUUCCCCUCCUAUCCAUACUACCAGAAGCCAUAUCGAGCAUACUACCCUGUUUAUUUCCCAUAUCCCAAACCACAAUACUAUGGCAAGCCCGCCCCCUCCAGAGACCAGCCGUUCGGCCCCCAGGAGCUGGACCUCCAGGCCCCGAGGCGCAGGCACAGGGCGGGGGGUAAGAACCGUGGGCAGGGCUGGAGGCAGCAGCCAGCGCCGCGCCUGCCUCUCACCCCUUAUAUCUCUAACUAUAUCCUUCCUCACCCACGGACCUACCAACCCCUACCUCCACCCAAACCAAUAACCCCGCCCAGGAGAGGCAGGCGACCCCCAUACUACUAUCAACAGGUCACACCGGGAGACGACUAUGAGGAAGACGGGCUGGUGCCUCAGCUGGACAGUGAGGAGGAGCUGGAAAACUUUAUUGAGAGGAUCUACAUGAAACGCAGAAUGUAUUGAGAGACUUUUCGGACAUUUUGUCAGCCCAGACAGAUCUCUGACGGAGGUGGGAUAGAUAUACAGUAGCUAAAAAAAAGCUCAAAGGGUGGUUAAAAAAAUUUUGACUCAGAGGAGGAAUGUGUUUUGAAGCCUGAUGGAAGUUGAAGGGUCAGGAAGUGAGGAGUUAGAUUUCUGUUUUAAAUCACUGUUUUUUUUGUGUGUGUUUUUUUGUUGUUGUUGAUUUUGUCGGUCAGGGAGAGGAUGAAGGGUGUCCCAGCUGAAGCUCCCUGUAACCAUGUUCAGCCUCUUGCUCAGUUUACAUUUUGAAACAGAACAUACCAUGGUGUAUGUCUGCCUCCAUUCAGGUCGAUCUCUGAUGCAUUGUUCAGAGUUUUCUAGACUACACACACACAUGCACACACACACAUGCACACACACGCACACGCACACACACACACACACACACACAGGCACAUACAUCGACACGCCUACAUGAUCACGUCUUUGACACGUUCACAUGCAGAUGUGCCCAUUGUAAGAGAACCAUGUUUACAGCAUCACUUUGUAUCUUUUGUGUUAUAUUCUGUAUGUCAUAUUACAAAACCAAUCUGGUUCAAUGACUUCUUCUGAAAACAAAAACAAAAAAAACAACACUGAACACUGCUAUUGUCAAAUGUUGACGGUAUAUUUUUGUUGUAUUUGAUGUGUGUAUUUGCCUUUUCUUAUUCUCGAUUGGAUCAACUUUAAACAGCUGCAAUUUGCAAAAGGUGCCAAACGCACACACACACACACACACACACACGCAUUUCAGUUUCAAACUCCAGAUUCAGAUUUUUGCCUUACAAAGCACCGUGGUUCUAUAAAAGGGAAAGAUCAUAUCGCAUAAGAUUUACCAUCACAGCCGGUCCCAAUGUAGAAACCCUGUGGACUCCAAAAGCACAAACUUUAAACACUAAACACUUCCAACAUGGUGGACAAAGGGUUUUCAAUCAUUAUGGGAUCCAGAAGUUGAUGUGUCGACGGCAUAAUCACCAUCAGCACCACCACACAGCACUCCUCUGACACGCAGGAGUCUCCCAUUGUUCAUCUCCACUUCGCAUCUUCACCCACACGUUGUUCUUUUUACAUCGUUAUCUCCAUUUUUUCCCUUUCUUUCCAAAAAAGAAAACAAAAAAUAAUAAUACUUGAACCCAUCUGUUCUGCAGCCUUUUUUAAUUUAUUUAAAAAAGCGUUUCCACCAAGAGGCUACAAACAUUUUGUUCAUUUUUCCAGGAGAAAUCUCAUUGAAAAGUUUCAGGCCGGGGGAGUCAGGGAUUGUGCUUAAAAAAAAACAAACAAACAAAAAAAAAACGUUAAAUGCACGUCUUUCUACUUGCAUCUUAAAAAAUGAACAAAAAAAAAGAACAAAAAAAAGAGAAAAAAUAAAACAGUAUGGGGAACUCAAGACGGUUGUUUUCUCUGAAUAAACUGUGAACAUUAAAAAAAAAAAGAAAUCUCAAAAAGGAGGAGGGCCACUGUGUCCACAGUGAAGCCAUCUGUCUUGUAAAAGGAGAGUGUUGUUGUUGAUGUCACCUUUAGCAUUGUAAUAUGUACAGUGUGAAAUAAAUAUGCCCGUGCAAUGUGUAAAUAACAGCAUGAUGAUUACUAGUUUUGCUAUAUGAUAAAAAAUAAAAGCAAUUAUUUUAUUAAAGUUCAGUUUUUUAAUGGC